AUGGAAUUGUUCGUUCACCGAGCGCUGCGACCUGUUUUCCAUUCUCGCGCAAUCUGUCAAACCCAAAGUGCAUCAGCGAGUGUUGCAUUCCGCCGAUGCAUCGGCGGUAGAACGUCACCGUCGAUCAAAACAAUAACCAGCGCACAACAACACCCAGGGAUUAUUGCACUUGCGACCUCAUCAUCUUCCUGCAGCAGGUGCUUUCACUCAUCAUCCUUCCCGUCGCACCACCGUCAUCAUCCCCUCGGUACUCUCCUUCGUGCGCCUUCGCUACUGACCACCGUGUCCAAGAUAGGUUCCAGGAUGAGCUCAUCGCCCGAGGGUCAAGACAUGAUGGACGUCUUGGCCGGCAACAGUAACCAGCUGGCCGACGAUAUCUGCGCCGCCGGUAGCAACGCCGGCAAGCGCCAGAAGCUCGUCAUGGACUACCUGAAGGCGGCGGAUCGAGAUGGUAAAGGCGUGUCCGCCGAGUUCCCGGACGGUCUCGAUUGGUUCAACGUGACGGAACCGCUCACACUGCAAGGCUCGCUGCGCGGUAAGGUGGUGGUGCUGGAUUUCUUCACCUACUGCUGCAUCAACUGUAUGCACAUUCUGCCGAACUUGAAGCGCCUGGAGCACCUGUACCCGAUCGAGCAGGGGUUGGCCGUGAUCGGUGUGCACAGUGCCAAGUUCCGGAACGAGAAGGACUCGAACAACAUCCGGGCGGCCGUCGAGCGGUACGAAAUUACGCAUCCCGUCGUCAACGACAACGUGAUGGCGAUGUGGCGGAAGCUGCGCGUCCAGUGCUGGCCUACUCUGAUGAUACUCGGUCCGCGGGCUAAUCCACUGUUCGUGAUUUUGGGCGAAGGCAACUAUGAUGAUCUGAAGCUGUACGUCGGCUCGGCUAUUCGGUAUUACCGCGAGAAAGGAGAACUGAGGACACACUCGCUACCGAUCGAUCUAUCCCAUACGGCCGGACUGGCAUCGCACUUGAAGUUCCCGGGCAAAGUGGUUUGCUGUGAGGGAGGCGAGGAAGAACUGUACGCCGUCUCGGACUCAGGCAAUCACCGGAUUCUGAUCUUCGAACCGAACGGAACCGUACGCUACACGAUCGGUGGAAAGUCGAGUGGAUUCGUUGAUGGUGGAUUCCGUGAGGCACGUUUUAAUGCACCGCAAGGGGUGGCUUUCCGCGGGCCGAAUGAGCUGUAUGUGGCCGAUAACGAGAACCAUGCCAUUCGGCUGAUCGAUCUAAGGACGCGCACCGUAUCUACUGUGGCCGGUAAUGGGGUGCAGGGUAAUGAUCGUACCGGUGGCAAGACGGGACGAGAGCAGGCCCUCUCCUCACCCUGGGAUGUGGCCGUCUACUCGACGCGCGAUCUGGACAUGUCGUUCCACGUGGACGAAUCGAAGGCACCGCUCAAGGAUGUGCUGCUGAUCGCGAUAGCCGGCAUUCACCAAAUCUGGGCCAUCUUCCUCGAGGACACCAUCUGGUGGAAGUUCAAAAAGUACCCGGCCGGUAGCUGCUGUGCGAUUGCCGGCAGUGGCCACGAGCAGAACCGUAACACAUCUUACCCGCACAGUGCCGCCUUUGCGCAACCAUCAGGGCUGGCCAUCAAUCGGGAGGUGAAGGAAGUGUACCUGGCGGAUAGCGAGAGUUCGGCGAUCCGUAAGAUUUCCCUUACCGACGGCAAGGUGAUGGCCGUGGCCGGAGGUGAUCGUAAUCCAUUGGAUCUAUUUGCAUUUGGCGACAUUGAUGGUAAGGGAUACGAGGCCAAGCUUCAGCAUCCGCUCGGGGUAGCUUAUAACGCCAAGGAUGGACACAUCUACGUAGCCGAUACGUACAAUCACAAGAUAAAGAAGAUCGACGCCAGCACAAACUGUGCGGCAACGUGCGAGUUCCGGGAGGCGAACGGUGAAAUCAAACGGUUCAGUGAACCGGCCGGCCUCUGUUUGGACCGUACCGGGCAGCUACUGUUUAUCGCUAAUACGAACAACCAUGAGCUGCUGGUGGCCAGCCUGCCCGAUGGCACCAUCCGUCCACUGAAGCUUCAUUUCCCGGUCCCGGAAGAGAUGGAUAGCAGCAGCAGCAAUGCCGACGAUCGUGCUACGGUGCUACGAUCGAAGCAACCCAUUAAACUGCAUUUGGGUAACGGGAAAGUGGUUUCCACGCUCCGGUUGCUGUUCAAUUUUACGUUCGCCGGGAAGGGUACCAAGCUUACGGAGGGAGCACCGCAACGCUGGUCCCUGACGCUACCAUCGACGGAUUGGGGCAGUGAGCAAACGAAUGGAUCGCUCGAUGAUGGUGCACAAUCGCUAACGCUUCCGAUUACGGUUCCGUCAGGGCGUGAGCUGUCCACGAACGGCAAUCCGGUAACGAUCGAGAUCGAUUUUAACCUUAAUCUGUGCGAGGGCGACCUUUGCUUCCCCAAGCAGUUCACCGUCCGGCUCGAUGUACGACAGGAACAGGACACCGACAACGACGACGACGACGACGACGAUACAUCGAAGGCAAACAACGAAUCGGAGGAGCGUUACGAGGUGCAGCUUUCGCGUGCCACGAUCGCCCUCAAGGACAACUAGGAGUGAAGGAAGGUUGUUGCUUGCUGGCAAUAUAGACCUCCAUUUGUUUUUUUUUCUAUUUGUUAAACGAUCUGUGUCCAGCAUUUUUUUAUCACCACAACCUCUCUGUUACGUUAGACGUGCGCGAUCGUACCGAUCGCGUGUUCAGGGUUUAGAGUUACAUAAAAAAGGAUCGUAACUGCUGUCGAUUGAGAAGAGGGUGGGAGAGAAAGCGAUAGGACCGCGCCAUUACGUAGCAGCUCAUUAACAACUCUUUCUAUCGUGUUGAAAGGGUCAGCAUAGAUGCAAUCUGAAUAAAAAAAAAAACACCUGCA